AUGUGUCGCAUGCUGAACAUGGCAGAUUCGGUCGACGAGGUUCGUCAGCAGCUGGGUUUGGCUGAGAAUUCCAGGAUCUCCUUUGACGAUUUUCUUCACUGCCGCUCCCGGGUGAUGCUGGAGUCGUCCAUCCAGCAUGUGGCGCAGCGGCCUUGUCCGGGCGUAGCUUCCGUCCAGUCUCCAGCCAUGAUGUCAGGGGAGGAUACUGGUGUGGAGUCUGACACCAGCGGCCGAGUCGGAACCACACCCCUUAACCACCUGACCUCGUGGCCCACCCUGAGUUCGGAUAGUCUUGGAGCUCUUUCCUGCAACAAACCAGAAAGUACAGAUUAUGACAGCGGUGCCCGUGACCUUAGUCCGGAGCCUGUUUCCCUGACCCUGACUCAUUUAAUGGAGAGUCAUGACCCCCAGGCUUUCAGGCAACUUCGGCAGUCUGGAGCAGACACCUUACUGGAAAUAGCAAACCGGCUCCAUUCUGCAGCGUUGACGGCCUUGAAGGGAGAAAUAUUUGAGCUGAAACACCAGGUGCACAGACUGGCAUCAGAGAGGAGCAUGCUGGACGGACAUGCAGCACAUAGACAGGGACCCCAUGACCCCAAACUGGGCCCCUCAGAUUUCGAAGAGCGGCUGGAGCAGCUGACUUCAAGAUACGAGGAGAGGAUCAUUGAGCUGCACAGUGUCAUCGCGGAGCUGAGGAAGAAGCUGGAGAGACAUCAGAUUAAUGUCAUCAGAGAAGAGGAUGAGUAUGAAGAAUCGGAUCAAGCACAGAGCAGCCACAGCAUUGAUGGAGAGAGUAUUAAAGAUGAAAACAAUGAAAUUAGUCAAGAAUUCAGCCGGGUUGUGUCGGAGAUUGAGACAGUCAUGGCACAGAAGUUACAGCAGACCAAUGCUGGAAGAGAUAGCAUGGCUGAUGAGUUUGUAGAAGCAGGCUUGAGAAAGAAUGAGAGAAAAACUGAUGCAUUGUCAGAGACACCCCGAAAACCUGGUGAAGAAGAUGGAGGUGAGACUCCACCGGAACUGCCGCCACGUGCCGCCCGACCCUGCUCCCUGUCACAUAGCAACUCCACCACAUUUGACCCUCAGUCCAGGUCCGAGUUGGUGGUGCUCAGGGCAGAUAAUGAAGAGCUGCGUCGACAGACAGGCCAGUUGGAAGUUGAGUUGGGUCAAAUGUCGGAGCAGAUACGGGCGGUGGUGAAAGAGAAGGAACAUCUGAUGACAAAGGUUGUGGAGCUUCAGCAGCGACUGCAGGUGUCAUCCUCCUCACCUGGUAUGACCCAUGGGCAGCUGUCUACACCUUCCAAACAGGUGUCUUCCUCACCUCUUAUAUCUGACAGAAUGAGCAUGGAAUCUGAAGUAUACCCAGUUGCUAAAUUAGCCGAGUUGAAGAAAUUACGAACCUGUGCCAGUGACAUGCAAAUUUUGGGGUCAGAAGUCACAGCAUUCGGGGUACAGAGCACUUCAACAGCAGAACAUCUGGUCCAGUCCCUGCAGGAUGGCUCCAGCGUGGCCGAGCUGCUGAAGAUGGCCGCUGUGGAGAGCAGAGGUCAAGACCUCGGUGAUGCUAUUGUCAAAGAGUUUGAAGUAGAGCUGGAGAGGCGACAGGCGAGGAUAGAUCAUCUGAAGGCACAAAACGAUGUCCUCUCAGCCACACUGGAGGAGAGCAAGUCCCACGCUGAAAGACUGAGUGUGCUGAUAGGAAAGUAUGAGUCCAACAACACAGCCCUGCAGCUGGCGGCUGCAUUUUCUGACCAGUGCACUGAGUCCCAGGAUGUUUUAACUGCUCUUCUGGACACGGAGAUGGGAGUGCUGUUGGCUAACUGCCGGGCUGCUGGCUUAGGAGGGCUGGCUGGCACAGAUGGAGACGACGAUGAGGAGGAGAUAACUGCAAUAUUACAGAGGGCCCAUCAUGCUCGGCGGCGGGCCGAGGGUGUAGCGCGACAUUUGUUGGCCAGGCUUGACCGCAGCUGUGGAGGUCACAUCUCGUCCGGAGUGUGCCAACCAUGGGAGGAUGUUUCAACGAACAGUCGCACAGCCAGCACCAGUAGCACAAGCAGCUCAAAUGACACGGACUUCAACAAGGCUGACGAGAUGAGGCUCAGAGAUCACAUUCAGCAGCUCAAGUCUGAGAGGUCAGCAGUAAGGACCACAGUUAUGGAGUUGGAAAGUAUUCAUGUAGACCCCAUUAUGAAUGAACCAAGGAGGAGGAUCGAGGCACAGCGGCUGGAUCUGGAGAAUGCUGUUUUAGUGCAGGAAUUGAUGGCCGUGAAAGAAGAAAAGGCUGAGUUGAAGGCACGAAGCUAUCUCUUAGAGAAAGAGAAAAGAGCUUUGGAACUCAGACUGAACAGCAAAGAGACCCAGGAGCAGGCAUUCAGAGUCCAAAUAGAUCAUCUUAAGAGUGAAAUUCUGUAUCAGCAGCAGAAGCAUCGGGACUUCCACACAUCAUCACCCCAGCCAGAGUCUCACUUACUUGAAGAACUGAGAUCACGAGAGCCAUCCGAACUUAUUCAUGAUCUGGCUCUAGCUCUGGAUCACGAGCGCACGCUGAAGUCUCGUAUAUACGAGCUGAUGUCUGCACUGGAGAAAAUCUCCAGGAACUCUGAAAGUCGGCACAGACAAUCCGCUGAAUUCGUUAAUGAUCUGAAGCGGGCAAACGCCGCACUAAUCACGGCUUUUGAUAAAGCCAAGAAGAAGUAUCAGGGGAGACUGAAGAAGAUGGAAACUCACUUAAAAGCCAUGAGGGACAAGUAUGAAUUGGAGAUUUCUGCAUUGCACAACAGGCUUUCGGUUUUCGAAUCCAGAGGUUCUCGCCUUCCGCCUAGUGAAACGUCUUUAUAA